AUGGGCAGGCGAAAGAUCGAAAUUCAACCCAUCACACACGAGCGUAAUCGCUCAGUCACUUUUUUAAAGCGAAAGAAUGGCCUCUUCAAGAAAGCAUACGAACUAGGAGUCCUAUGCUCCGUAGACGUUGCCGUCAUCAUAUUUGAGGAGCGCCCAGGACAUCACGUAAAGCUCUACCAGUACUGCUCAGGAGACGUCCAAGACAUUGUUCAACGUCAUAUCAGGUAUGACGGCGAAAAGGAUACCCGUUUCCCCCACGACUUUGCCAACAACGCCAACAGCGGCAAGGCAGGCGACGCCGCUGACGCCGAGGAGGAAGAUCCCGAAGAAGAAGAGCACGAGUCGUGCAGUACCGUCAAAAAGUCAUCUAACCCUAAGCUCAAGCAGGAGUACAACAACAAUGGAAAGGCAGUUGUGCCGCCCACUCCUACCGACUCGAACCUUGGUAGCGUAGACGUCGGAGACUACAGCUUGCAUGGUUUACAUCGACACGCCGCACUACCCGCACCACCACUGCAUCCCCAUUCCCAGCUUCCAUCCGCCCCAACAGCUCCAUCUCUGCCUAUAUCUACGGAGAGACACACCUCUUCCCGAUUGCCUCUAUCUACCAAUGGUCAGUCUCAGCCUUUCUUCUGCAGCGCCACCAAACUCUCGGGCGACGAAGCCCUUCUCAAUAGCAGUUACAUCCCCUCGCCUACGUCCGCAUCAUCAUCGGGAUAUCGCCAUAACGGAUCGCCGGCCUCCUCUCUUCUCGGGUCGUCGUUCGACUUUCCUUCUUCGUCAUCAGCGCCGAGAGGCGGGCAUGUACCCAUCUCUCGGGACGGCUUGUACAGCCAACGUUCCUCGACGUACCCACCUCUACACAAUCACGACCCUCAAGGACAACUGCAAAGUGUUUAUCAGCAGCAGCAACCCCACCACCCCUCAAUGCGUCAUUCUCUCGGUCAGCACUCUCACUCAAACCAGUCUCAAUCCCAAUCCCAACCAAGUGAUUUUUUCCCUGAAAUGCUGGAAUCCGCUGACGGCCAUGCACAUCACUCAACUCAUCAUCGGCCAUUAUCGUCAUCAUCCCAACUACCGCAUUUCACGGCUAUGGAUUGGCCGACUCAUGGACCCGCGACUGCAGCACCGCGGCAGACGCCACCCCAAGAAGGAGGCCAUCAGGAGCCGAUAGCAGGGCAACCGCCGAACAACACAUCCUGGCUUGACUUCCUCUCCCAUGGCACAUCAAAUUCGGGACAUCCUCUACAACUGUCCCUUCCCUCCGCUGAACGCGACUAUACGAAUGCGACGAGCGGGAUGUCUGGGUCGGAGCGGGAGGCUGGGGUGGGUAUAGGAGGGGGUGGUGUGGGUGGCGGGGGAUUGAUGAUGUCACCUACGUCGGCGUCGAGGAAACGACCCCGCACAACCUCAUGUAUCGAAGAGGGGAAAAGGCAUUCCCCGUUGGGUAUCGGUAUCAGCACAAGUGCAAGUGGGAGGAAGAAAGAAGAGGGGUAAUAAACGACUUGGAUGAACCUCCCACUUGAGAGAUGAAUCCGACAAGGAUCCAUCCCAGGUUGGUGCUACAAGUUUUGUCAUCCCGUGCGCGCGCACACCCCGUCCUCGUAUUGGUAAGGUACGUGCGCAGUUAGAUAGACGUAUCCUGAUGUUGAAAAGUUUUUGGACGACCACGGUGGUGCCAUUGCGUACAUAUACCUAGGUAUAUCUCCGUAAUAAUGGACGCUCAUGGACCCUUUCUUUUUCUGUUUUGUGCACCUUUCAAUUGCCAAGAUACAUCUUAUCAAUCUUCUCCACGUGUUCAAUACAUAUGUGUACCACUCCCCAUACUUAUUAUUGCCUCCGCGUAAUGGGGACGCACUGCGAUCGGGUGGCUGCAAAUGAAGUCUCGCGGGCUCGACCAUGAGACAGACAAUCAC